AAUAUCUUGUUAUUUACUACACAGUAUAGGCACUAUAAAAACCAGUGUAGUAUAACACACUGUUUUCAACCACCAGUGAUUAUAUUAAAGCUAGAAAAAAAAAUCUAUUCAGUGAAAGUCAAUGUAACACAGCCGUGCAAAAAAUGGAGGAGUAUCUCUUUUGCUUAUCUUUGAGAGGGAACUGAGAGGUGUCAACAAUCAGGGAGGGAUUGUUACACAUAGCAUUCCAAGGUAUGUUGCAAGACCUGCUGUUAAUAUUUGGGACUGGGUGGCUCAAGGCUCAGCCUGUGGGACUAUUGGGUGGCAGUUCCUUUCAGGCACAGAAGCUGGAGCUUCUCAGGCCUGAGUGUGUCAUCGUCCACUGACAGAAGCCAUGGGACAAUGAGGCAGCUUCAAGCUCAAGAGUGGAAUGGCGAGGCAAGAGCAAGCUUGGAGCUGAAGAGGGUGGAUGAGAGGCCCUCUGGGCAAAGUGCCUUCCUGGCAUGGCCAGGGCACCUUUCAGGGUGCCAUGGCUGGCUUUGCACUGGGCAACCUCCUUGUGUGCAGGGCUGGGUCUUUGCUAUGGUUAGCCUUUUGCCAUUGUGCUCCUUUGGCUGCAUGGAGAGAGGGGCAACCCUGUAAGGAGGGUGAGAGCCCCUGUCUCCACAGCUGAGGGGGCAAAUGGAGCUCUCCUGGCCCCCAGCCCAGCCACCCUGUAAGCAGGGCAGGGCUUUUCCCCAGCCCCAGCAGCUUUCUGCCUGCUGCUGGUCCCUGGCCAGCGUGACCCCCUGUACCUGGGGCACGUCACAGCCUUUGUCCCUGUGCCAGCCCUGAAGCGCCUCAGCACGUCGAGGCCCCUGUUCCCUCCCUGCAGUGCAGUGCAGCGGCAGGUCUGAUGCUUUCCUCUCCCACUCAGCAGCAGGAAUGGCUCCCCAGAGUGGGUUGCCUGUACAGAACUUGCUCCCUCUUCUGGGACUGUCUUCUCCUCCCAUGUCUCCCCCUUAGCUGGUGUGAGUGAGCAAGUGCAUUUGUGCUUUACCCCCUCCUUAGAAAUAGAGCAGUGUAGCUGAGACUUCCCAGGAGGGAAAGAGGAGCUCUGUGCAGCCACAGGCAGGAACUAAAAAUGCACAGAUGGAGAAAGUGUCUGGCCUUGCCCCUGCUUUCUGUUGAAAGUCGCUCAGCAGUAGAGCAUGACAGCCCUGUACUCAGGGCACAUGUCAGGACCCUAUGGUGUCCUUUGUCCCCAGGAGCAGCCCCAGGUCCCAGCAGGGCUGGGGAGGCUGCUUCAGCCAGGUGACAGGAACGAGCACUCCCAGACCCUUGCCAGGGUGCAGGAUGAAGUGCUGUGCUGCAGGUUGCGGUCCUGCCUUUGGCGCUGCUUUGGGCUGGUGCCGCCUCCCUGCGGGCCUUGCUGAGGAGGCUCCCGGGGCUGUGUUGAUGUGUUGUGCCAUGGCUGGGCUCUGGCAAGCAGGGUGCAGGCCGCAGCCUGUGCUCCGUGGUGCUUGUUGGGGUGCCCGGGCUGUGAGGGGCGGCCCCGUAAGUGGGGUUGUGUACAUUCAUUGGCAGUGGUCGGAGGGAUCCCCUGUAAUCAGGCGGGUUUCCCUGGUCCUGGCCUUUCAGAGACGUGGGGUCGGGAGUCAUGGGGUCGGGCGUGUGCCCUCCCUGUCCUCGGGGCUGGGCUCCUGGCCCCUCAGGCCCCUCGGCUCGACUGCCUGACUGCAGAGUCUCGUUCCUGUUGCCGCGGGGAAAGGCCGAGCUCUCUGGCUCCCUGGGUGUCAUCAGCCUGUAAGCAGUCCGUGGGUCUGGGAGCCUUUGUGCUCCCUCAGCUGGCAGCCUGCGUGGGGCGCCCGCCCCGUUAGUGGGGAGCACCCCAGAAUUGGAGAGAAGGAAUCUCCACAGGCCUUGGGACCAGGGCUGCCCUGUAAGUCAGGGCCAGUGCUCUGAAGUCCUGGGCACUUUGCAGUCCAGGCAGCGGCUUGAGCCCCCUGUGAGCAGGGGGGCAGCCCCUUGCCCACUGCUUUGCAUGCCCAGCUUCAUUUGCCUGGCUCCCAGCACCAUGUGGGACUGCUCUGGACGUUGUGGUGGUGAGUCAAGCUGAAGUUGGAGGGUUUUGGGCAGCUGGGGGCAAGGGGGUCUGUGGGUGGUGGCUUGAGGGUCUCACCGUGGGGCUGUUGGGUCGCGGUUCCUUUCAGGAGCUGGAGCUUCUCAGGCCUGAUUGUGUUGUUGUCCAUUGCAGAAGCUAUGGGACAAUGAGGUAAGCAAGCACGAGCAGCAGCGGAUUCAAGCUUGAGCGGAAGGGCAAGGUAAGAGCAGCAGGGAUGGCUGGCAGGUCUGGGAAGAAGGCAGUGUCUGUACUGGGACAUACUGGUUCUGGUAUCUGAGCUUGCUGUAGGGAGGCAGCCAUUCUUUUCUCUCCCUGAUGGGGCAUGGGACAUGAAGGUAGCACACCUGAACUUCCAUUCUGGCCACUGUCCAGCCCACCCUGCUCCCCUCUGCCUGGCCCUUCCAUCAUUUCCCCUAGCUAGGAGCCCCCUCCUCUGGCUUGUCGACAGCCUGUACAGCAGAAUCUCCCUGGUGGUGGCCUGGGCUCUGCUGGAGAACCAUGGGGAGGAUAAGGUGUGGUACCAGGCACUGAAUGCCACAUCUGGCCCUUCCCCAGCCUCACCCCAUGGUUUUAUUUUGCUCAUUUACCCAGCAAUGAUCUCCCCAGCUUCAGCUUCUACUGAGGCUGCUGAAUAGGGGAAGGGCUUGAAGGGGAACAAGAUACUAGCACCAAAUCUUUCAAGAUUUUUGUCAGACUCCAGAUCUCUUCCUGUUCCCUGUGAGAGUAAAACAACAGUCUGGGAGGAAAAUGAAUGCCUCAAUGUCCUUCUGUAAGCUAAUGACGUGUCACGCAGGCACUGCCACCCCAGCCUCUACUAAAGAAGCAAAAAAGCAAAAUGAAGAGUGGAGGCCUGUAAACAUGGCACAUCUGGUCAGCUACCUCUCCUUUUUGAUCAGGCUUACCACUGCCAUUGCAAUUCUGUCUGGAUGUCACCUUUCUACCCUGCACCUCUGUAGCUCCUGUGACUAACACAGCCUGGAAAGGGAAGGCAGAGCCCUGGAAACGAUGAAUGCAAGCCCCUCAUGGGCUUUGUUGGGCUGGUGCUCCCAGCCCCGGUGAAUUGAGCGGGAGGCAAUGUCUGGGUUGCUGCCCUCUCUCCAGGGGUGGCUUACCCUUCCUCCCCCCGUCCUUUUCCUCCUCCCCCGUCUCUGGCUCUGCCCGGUGAGAGCUGCUGGGAAAGCAACACAACGGGGCCCAUUCAUUUCUCACUUCUGCAAGGAGAGCAAACACCGGCGCAGGAGCUCAGCAGCUGCUAGACAGGGCAGGGGACGCUUUCCUCUCUUCGACACAUCUUUAAGUCCAGGUACUCCAAAUCUCGUGUGUGUGAACCCUCCAGGUGUGAGGGAGGGAGUGAUGGCAUGAUGUCUGGCACGUGGCAGUGCUCCAGACACAGCAUGGGGACUGAGUUUAGGGACAUUACAUUGGUGUCACUGGGCAGUGGGUGUGCAGGAGAGGGCUGCCUCCAGUGUGUGUGGGGGGCCUGCAGCAGGACUAGAUGGGGCAACAGCAGGAGGGCAGUGUUGGGGCAUGGGACCACAGGGGAUGAUGAGCUACAUUGGGCAUGGGGCUGUGCACUAGAGUGGUUCUACAAGUUUGAGCCUUGCAUACCCCACUGGUGCUGUCUCGGAGCUUAGUAGGAUAUAUUGGUCAUAUCUGCAGCCAGCUGCCUCCCCUGUGUUUGCCCCAGCCUUGGCCUCUCUCUGGUACCUUCGCCCCAGGGGCUCACUCCUGCCCAGCCAAAACCAACCUGUCCUUCCUGCAACUAAACAGUGGAGUUCUAUUCCAAACACUGCUAUGAAUAGCUUAGGGGGGAAGCAGGGAGCUUGCAGGGUAGAGAGCUGGAAGGCAGAUGACGAGGAUGGGACCAGACAUGGGACCUUUGCCAUUUAAAGAAGGGUAGCAGCUCAGAAGCCUGUGUGAUCACAUUCCCUGGAUGGCUACACCUGCUUGCCUUACAAAAACAAUUGUAGGAGAGACAUUGAUAGCUUCCACAGAUCAAGGCAAUCGUAAGUUAGUGCUAUUUGAAGAAAAUGCAGGGGUGGGGUGAGUGCCUGUUUCAAGCCAGCUCCUUGUGAGUGACCUUCUAGCUGUGACCUUCACUUUUCAUUCCAAGUAUUCCUCCUCUCUUUCUUCCACUCUUCCUCGUUUAUAACUUGUGAAAUCAUAGUGUGAGAGCAAGAGAAAGUGAGACCUGCACCACUAGGUCACAGCAGCAGCCCUCUUGGCACAUGGGCUGCCAAGCAGGAGAUGCUAUUUGGGGAUGCAUGGAGUCUGGCCUCCCUCCUGGCCUUACUGUCUCUCCCCAGCCACAGGAGCCCUCUGACAUGGGGCCAUCCUGCGGGCUCCUCCUGCUUGCAGCAGCCCUGGGGACAACAGCUGCUGCCCGCUGCCCUACACCCUGUGUCUGUGACAACCUCCGUGCCCACGUCCUGUGUCUCAAUGGGAGCCUGACGGCCGUCCCUAACACCAUCCCAGAGCUCACAAAAAAACUAGAUCUUCGUGGCAACAGUUUCACUGUCAUCCCAGCGAGAGCCUUCCUUGCCACCCCCUACCUGACACACUUAGACCUCCAGCAUUGCAAAGUGGAGAGGCUGGAAGAAGGGGCUUUCCGGGGUCUGGGGAGGCUUGUCUACCUCAACCUGGCCUCCAAUGGCAUAGCCCUCCUCUACCAGGAGUCCCUGGAUGGGCUCUCCUCCCUCCAGCAGCUCAUUCUGGAGGGGAAUCGCAUUGAAGAGAUACAGCCUGGUGCUUUUGGCCAUCUGGGGUCCCUCACUGUCCUCGACCUGAGGGCAAAUGCUUUGGUCUACCUCCCAGACAUGGUCUUCCAGGGUCUACAGGUUCUUAGAUGGCUCCGGCUGUCGCACAAUGCCCUCCAUGUGCUGGGCAGUGAGGCCUUUGCUGCUCUGCCUGCCCUGCGCAGGCUGAGCCUGGACCACAAUGAGCUGCAGGCACUGCCUGGUGAGGCCCUGGCCAGGCUGGAUGGGGCUACGUGGCUAGACCUGGGCCACAACCCCAUCACCUACGUGGCCGAAGAAGCCCUGGCCAUGGCCUCACUGAGGCACCUCUUCCUGGAUCAUGCCUCCCUCCAGGAUGUGGCACAGGAUGCCUUUGCCCGCAGUCCCCAGCUCCGUAUGCUGGACCUCCGGGAAAACCAGCUGCAGGGGCUGCCACCCCUGGCUGGGGCAGGGGGGCUGGUAAGGGUCAGCCUGGAUGGGAACCCUCUGCUCUGCUCCUGCCUCCUGCGCCCCUUCCACAGGUGGCUGGCAAGGGCACGGGUGCAGGCCGAGGGUGCCUGUGCUGCACCCCCUGCCCUCCGUGGCCGGUCCCUCAACUCCCUGAAGUCCCCUGAGAUGAGAUGCAGUCGCCUCCGGCCACCCCCUAGCCCCAGUGCACCGCCAGAGCAGCCAAGGGCAGGUGGCAGCAGGCAGUGCCCCCGGGGGUGUGUCUGCUCUCCCGAUUUCCAUCAUGGGUCUUGUGAGAACAGGGACCUGCGCGAGAUCCCUCGGGACUUCCCUGAGGACACCCGCCUUCUCGACCUGCGCCGAAACCCCUUCAGGACAGUGCCACCAGAUGCCUUCCUUGGCCUGAAGGGGCUGGUGUCGCUCCACCUGCAGAGGUGCAGCAUCAGGACACUGCACCCCGGGGCACUCCGGGGGCUGGAGAGCCUGGUCUACCUGUACCUCACCAACAACCACCUCUCCACCCUGGCAGCUGCUGCCUUUGAGGGGGCCCCACAGCUGGCCUACCUCGACCUGGACCACAACAGCUUCACCCAUGUGCCUGCAGGCACCUUCCGGCUCCUGCCCAACCUCAUCUCCCUCCAUCUGCAGCACAACACCAUCGGGGAACUGGCAGAGGGCGACCUGGCUGGAGCCAGGGGGCUCCGCUGGCUCUACCUAGCUGGGAAUGCCAUCAGGCACAUUGCCCCUGCUGCCUUGGCUCCCACCAAGAUGCUGGAAAAGCUGCAGCUGGAGGGAAACCACCUGUCGGAGGUGCCCACAGCAGCCCUGCGGGGCCUGCCUGCCCUGAGUGAGUUGAAGCUGUCCCGAAACCCCAUCAAGCACAUGGGGGAUGGUGUUUUCCUGCCGGUGGCCUCCAGCCUACAGCACCUCUACCUGGACAACAUGGGCCUGGAGUGGAUUUCCCCCCAUGCCUUCACUGGUCUUGGUCCCAAGAUCAGAAGCCUCUACCUGGAGAGCAAUAAAAUGAGUAACAUACCCGACAUGAGCAACUUCACGGGGCUGGAGAUCCUCAACCUGCAGGAUGUGCCUUUCCACUGUGACUGCCAGCUCCUUCCGCUGCAUAGGUGGAUCAACAAACUCAACCUUCGCAUAGGGGCCACCUGCGGGUCCCCAGCAGAAGCCCAGGGACUGAAGGUGAAGCUUUCCACCACUUUCCAAACUUGUCCUGACUGGGGACAAGGCGAGGCUGGGGAAAACAAUCCUAACAAGACUAAGGCUGCAAGCAAGCCCAGCAAGAAAAAGAGGUCGGGAAAACCUCCAGCCAGAGGCUUCAGUAAGAGCAGAGCGUAGGGUUUCUUAAGGUGUGUAGGACGUGCUGAGCCAUAUCUACAGUCUGGCUAGAGCAGUUUUUCUAGACUUGUCCCCAUCAUGGGGACAUGAGUAGAGCCCAAGGAGCAAAGGAGAGCCUGUGCCAACCAAAACAAUGCUGAUUUGCCAAAGAUGCAGGGUUUGGUUUUGUAGGACACAGAGGCACAUUCCAUAGAGUCUGCAGCAUACUUUGGUGAUGCAAACAAUGAAGCCAAAUACUUGCUGCUUCUUUCCAAGGCUUCUUCCAGCCUCGUGGAAAAGCUGAUAUCCACAAGGUUGGUUUUGUUUUUGAGAGCACUUUCCCAGCCUGCAAAAUCAUAGCAGAACCCUGAGUGGGACUGCAACCAGCACCGUCCAGUAAGGUCCUGCACUGGCACAAAUCUUAUGCUAGAAAGCUUAAAAAUUAUUAGUGCAAAUGUUGCCUUGAUUCCCAGCAGUUCCUCAGAAUUAAAACAUGCACAUGGAAGCCUUUUUAUUUCCUGCAGAAUUUGAUCAGUGAUCCAUAACUAAUCCCAUGAUAAGCAAUGUGCUCAACCUAUUCCCCAUGACUGCAUAGGUUGGGACCCCAGGCCCCAGCAGUUUGCUUAAAUUGAAGAGGCUUUAAAAGAUAAAUUUACAGAUAAAGAUAUGUUUUGACUAACUCUGGGUAUUGGUGACCGGGAAAGCAAUAUGCAAACCUUAGGCCUCUUCCUGAAGUUGGUCACAGGGCUUCAGGGUACGAUUGUAGAUCAAAUUUACAGUACAACUGUUCAAAAAAUUAAAAACUCAAACCAUGCUCCAAGUCCUCUGCAGUUCUGGGUUUAAAAGCAAGAAAAGGCAGAAGCAGACACAGUGUGGAUGAACAUCUGGGUUUGAGGCUGGUGCCAUGGAGGUUUUGGCUUUUGAGACAAUGGUGUAUGCUUUAGUGAUUGUAAAAUUACUGUGGGUGUGCUUUAAUGAUUGUAACAUGUUAGAAGGAUGGGAUCCACCUGUCUAUAAGGGGUAAGAGAAUUUUUGGCAGCAGCUGCCUAAUUUGGUGAGAUGGGCUUUAAAUUAAGGAACUCCGUGCAGUUGAAGUCCAAAGUCCCAUGGCUUCCUCUGGGAUCACAUCAAUCAGUGCAGUGAAAGGUGUUCCUUUACUGUCCCUUAAGGUGAGUGUCAAAGAGCCACCACUGAAGGUGUUUAUGGUUAUGGUGAAUCCUCCUAAACUCCUUCGUGGGUAAUCCAAUUGUUGGAUUAAACCAGACGUGAGGGGGAUAAUUUCAGGUUCUUCCCUGGCAAGCUGUGGGAUGGUAUGAAAAGGUUAGAGGGACAGGGUGCUAGCAAGUCUCUCUGCAAGUGACUUUUAGAGGUAGCAGACACAGGGGAGCACACUUGGAGUCUUACAGAAGUGAGACAGGGAAUCCAGAGGUAACAGAAGCCAACAAGGAUACCAGCAGGGAAAUAUCUCAAAGGAAUUAAGGGGUGUUCCACUAGGCAGGUGAUGCAGCCAACAGCCUGGCCAGGGUGCCUUUACACCAAAGCAUGCAGCAUGGGCAACAAACCAAAGGAGGGGCUGGAAGCCACCAGGCUGAAGUUAUGACCUUGUUGCCAUUACUGAAACUUGGUAGGACAAAUUGUGUGACUGGAGUCUGACUAUCAAUGGCCAUGAGCUGUUCAGAAGAGACAGAAAGGAGGGAGAGGUGGAGGGGUUGCUCUCUACAUCUAGAGGUGCACUGAGUGUGAAGAGCUGUCUCUGAAGAACAGCCAUGAGCAGGUUGAAAGACUGUGGGUAAAAAUCAGACACUGAGGCAACAAAAGGAACCUUGCAGCUGGGGUCUCCUACAGCUGCCGGACCAAGGGGAGCCAAUUGACAAAGCCUUCUUGCCCCAGCUACAGGAGGCAUUGUGCUCACACGCUCCAGUCCUGUUGGGGGACUUCAGCCACCUUGACAUCUAUUGGGAAAGUACCAAGGCAAGCUGCAGGCAGUCCAGGAGACUCCUGCAAUGCAUGGA